AUGGCGUUCAUGCAAGAUCAAGAAGAUUCUCUUUUUGAUGAUACUGUUCCUCAUCUGUCUGAUAUGCUUCAGACCGACCCCUUCUUUUCUCCCCUUCAUCUUUCAGAUAACCUUAAUCUCAUCCCAGAGGUUUACUUUUGCAACGCAGGGGGUUGGAAUGAAGCAUGGACAGAAUUUCAGGGGGCAACUGACCAAUUAGUACAAUUGCCGCACAAUGAUCAGAAUAUUAUAUUUGAUAAUAAUGUUCAUCAUCAGGAAAUAUUGGUGGUGGAAAAUCAUGAGAAUAUUAAUAAUAAUAAACAAGUACUUGUUCAGAGUAGUACUAAUAAUAUCAUUAGUACAACUAGAAAGGAAGAACAAGAAGAUCAAGUUGAAGUGAAUAAUAGUGGUAGUUCGAAGAAGUUGUUGUCGAGGGAAACCGUUUCGCAGUACUUUUACAUGCCCAUAACUCAAGCUGCAAGAGAGCUCAAUGUUGGACUAACCCUUUUGAAGAAAAGGUGCAGGGAGUUGGGUAUUCGCCGCUGGCCCCACCGCAAACUCAUGAGCCUUCAAACCCUAAUCAAGAAUGUCCAGGAAAAUGGGGAGGAAGGAGAAACUACAAAGUUGAAAGGCUCACUAGAGACAUUAGUACAAGAGAAGAAACUAAUGGAAGAAAUUCCGGACAUGCAAUUAGAGGACAAAACGAAGAGGUUAAGGCAGUCGUUUUUCAAGGCAAAUUACAAGAAGAGAAAGCUAAUGGGAAUGGUUAGCAACGAUUCCAACUCUCGAAGAUGUCGUGUUAAGUACUCUUCGUCUUCGAAGGAAGAUAAUCGAAGCGGUGGUGUAAAAUCGUCUGAUGGCUAUGGUGGGGAUUUUAAUUAUGAUGAAGAUGACGAGUUUAUGUAUUUUUUCUCCGAUUGCUUUUCGUCUAGUUCUAGUGAUAUAAUCUUCUGA